UUGCCUAAAGAUCAUCAAUCAUUGCUCUCUCUCUCUCUCUCUCUCUCUCUCAAACUUACCCAUCUUAUCUGCACUUCAUUCUAGUACUGUUUCCAUUGAAGAGAAAUGUUGCCAAGAAGCAGGACUCUUCCUCCAAGAAUACAUGACAGUGUUUAUGAUGAGAAUAGAGAUGCAAGGAGCUAUUUUCAAGUGGAAACUCAUGCCAAGCCAUGUGGGGAUAUAGAAGCUAUCAACAAUCAACCAGAGCACUCCAAGUGCUUUGAUGAUGAUGGCCGCCUUAAGAGAACAGGGAACGUUUGGACUGCGAGUUCACACAUAAUAACAGCAGUGAUUGGCUCUGGAGUUCUAUCUCUGGCCUGGGCCAUAGCACAACUUGGCUGGAUUGCCGGGCCAAUGGUGAUGGUGCUUUUCGCCUUUGUGAUCUAUUACACAUCCAAUCUCCUUGCAGAUUGCUACAGAAGCGGUGAUCCGCUCACCGGGAAGAGAAACCCAACCUACAUGGAUGCAGUCAGGGCCAACUUGAGCAGCACAAAGGUGACACUGUGUGGCUCUAUUCAGUACAUUAAUCUCUUCGGCACAGCCAUCGGUUACACUAUAGCAGCUUCAAUCAGUAUGAUGGCGGUAAAGAGAUCCAAUUGCUUUCAUGCCAGUGGAGGAAAGAACCCAUGUCACAUGUCCAGCAACAUGUACAUGAUCAUGUUUGGGAUUAUAGAGAUCAUUUUCUCACAAAUUCCUGAUUUUGAUCAAGUUUGGUGGCUGUCCAUUGUGGCUGCAGUCAUGUCCUUUACGUACUCGACCGUGGGGUUAAGCUUAGGAAUCAGCAUGGUUGCAGAGAAUGGUCAUUUCGGAGGGAGUGCGAUGGGCAUCACUAUUGGGACUGUAACAAGCAGUGGAACAGUAAUUACUCCAACUCAGAAGAUAUGGAGAAACUUGCAAGCUUUAGGAGACAUUGCUUUCGCCUAUUCGUACUCUAUCAUCCUACUUGAAAUUCAAGACACAGUCAAAUCUCCACCUGCGGAAAACAAGACCAUGAAGAAAGCCACACUUCUAAGCAUCAUUGUUACCACCACAUUUUAUCUUCUCUGUGGUUGCAUGGGAUAUGCUGCCUUUGGGGAUGAUGCCCCAGGGAACUUGCUCACAGGCUUUGGUUUCUACAACCCCUAUUGGCUCCUGGACAUCGCUAAUGUGGCAAUAGUCGUCCACCUUGUCGGUGCUUACCAAGUAUACUGCCAACCAUUGUUUGCUUUUGUCGAGAAAUAUUGCAUUCAAAGGUGGCCCAAGAGUGAGUUCAUCACUCAUGAUUAUGAGGUCAAGAUCCCUCUUAUUGGUAAAUACAAGCUCAACCUCUUCCGGCUUGUUUGGCGAACAGUGUUUGUUGUUGUGGUAACGGUCAUCUCCAUGUUGAUGCCAUUCUUCAAUGACGUGGUCGGGUUACUUGGGGCUUUCUCAUUCUGGCCACUGACGGUAUACUUCCCUGUUGAGAUGUAUAUUGAGCAGAAGAAGAUCAGAAAGUGGACAGGACGGUGGCUUGGGCUUCAGUUAUUGAGUGUCACUUGCCUUAUUGUCUCUCUUGCAGCAGCAAGUGGCUCUGUGGCUGGAGUGGUUUUCGACCUGAAAAACUAUAAGCCAUUCCGUUCCACUUACUGAAAGAUGAGGUUUUGGAAAAAUCCUAAUCUACGUUCUAAAUACAUUGAUGUACGUGCUCAAUAAGACAUGCAAAAUAGCUAUAAAAUAUGCAGAAUAACGUGCAGUUAGGUUGUCAGCAACCAUACUUAAUUAAUUUAAAGAAUGUUUGUAAGAUGAUACACAUGGUCAGAGACACUACCUCCAUCUAAAUGAUCUGUUAUAUAGGCCUUUCAGUUUCAGUUCGCUUUUUCAUAUGUAUUACACUCAAAAUGAUUUUUCAGUAUCGUGGGAUUGUUUAUAAUCGUUGAAAGUGUUAAAGUGUAAUUUUUUUCA